AUGCAAAUAUUUGCAUAUGGCCAAACAUCUUCUGGCAAAACACACACCAUUUUGGGCAAUAAAACAGAUCCUGGGCUUUUCCAAUUAGUAUCCAAUCAGUUAUUCCAGCAUGUGGCAGACCAGGUUGAUAAGAGGUACUUGAUUAGAUGCAGUUAUAUUGAAAUCUACAAUGAAAAGAUCAAUGACCUCCUGGAUAAGAGCAAUCAGGGUUUAACUAUAAGAGAAGAUAUCAAAGGAAAUGUGCUGCUUGAUGCAAGGGAAGCUGUCGUAGACAAUGUUGAUAAAGUUAUGGAGAACAUGAUGCAGGGCAAUAAGAUCAGACGAGUUGCAGCUACUCGCAUGAAUGAGAGGUCAUCUCGAUCACACACGAUUUUCCGGAUUAUUCUGGAGUCGAAAGAUGCCAAUCAGAAAGAUGGACCUGUACAUAUAAGCUACCUUAACUUAAUGGACUUAGCUGGUUCUGAGAGAGUUUCUCUGACGAAAGCUGCUGGUGAGCGUCUUAAAGAGGGGGCUAACAUAAACAAAUCUUUGUCAGUAUUAGGAAAUGUGAUAAGGCAACUAAGCGAGGGGAAGGAGUUUAUCAGUUAUCGCGAUUCGAAAUUGACUAGACUGCUCUCACAGGCUCUUGGCGGUAAUGCCAAAUCAUUGAUUAUCGGGAAUGUUACUUUAGCUGCAGAGGAGGAGACUAGAUCUACACCAGAAUUCGCCCAAAGCACUAAAACUGUCAAAAAUAAACCGAAAGUAAACAUCUUGUCAGCUACAGAAGAGGCACUUCAAGGAUAUCAGAACUUGACUCGCGAUCUCGAAACUCGGCUCAAAAAGCAGGCAAUUAAGCUAGAAGAGAUGGAGAAAAGCAAACAAGAGUAUCUGCUCGAGAUAGAAAGACUAAAAACGGAAGUAUCUAUUGUCGGGCGCUUUCAAAUGGGAGCCUCGGCAUCAACACGAAAAAAAAAAAUUAAGACGUCAUACUUUUGGAGACUAUGGCAACGUAUCACCUAA